CAACAAUUGUUUUGGGGGAAGAAAACAAUUCCUGCCACCACUUUAAAGAAAUUACACAAGUAGACUGUAUGGAGGUAAAUACAUUAGUUGGUUAUUCUAACUGAUUCAUCAACUACUAACCAGCCUUUGAAGAAGUCGAGAGUUUCAAUUGAAGGACCUUAAAAAGUCACUCAAGAUGCCGAUCUUUGGAAACACAUUCAGUCCAAAGAAGAUACCGCCUCGCAAAUCCGCAUCACUGUCAAGCCUCCACACGCUGGAUCGCUCCACAAGAGAAAUCGAGCUGGGUCUUGAGUAUGGGCCUCCUGCAAUGAACAUCGGAGGCCUGAGCUGGAAGUUUGAAGAGGGACAGUGGGUAUCAGAAUCUGGUGGGAAUACCUCUGGUAGGGAAUUGCGGCGGCUUAAGAAAAGAAAUGCACAACUGGAGGAAGAAAACAACCUCCUGAAACUGAAGAUUGAACUCCUCAUGGACAUGUUGACAGAGACGACAGUGGAGUACCACAUGAUGGAGAAGGAAGUGGACGAAUUAAAGAGUCAACAUUGACGGAUCUGACCUGAUUCCUGCAUGAAUUGACAAUAUUCUUAGUCCUCUUUUUGUAUUAUAGUUUUGCGUUUAUUAUAUUGAUGUUUAAAAAAAAAAUCCAUCUUGUUUUCUACCUUUUUUAAGUACCACGCUCAUAUUUAUUUGACUGAAAUCAGAUGUUAAAAGACGGCAUAUGAUGCAUCAAAGCAAGUAAAGCUCAGUGCUAAAGCAACACUGAUCACAGCAAUAAAUUAAAAAAGGCUUUCUUUGAUGGCAGUUCAGUGUGACCUAAUUUUGGUAAACCGAACUGAUGAUGUGGAAUCUGAUUCUAAUGUUAUCAGAUUUAGUAGUUUUGUUCUGCUGUCUUUUGAGUUCUAUCUCAAUAAACUUGAAGACAAAACUUA